UGAGAAACUUAAAAGAAAACCAGCUUUGUUGUUGUGUUCCAAUUCCAACAACACAGCCCAAAAACGACAACUUGAAGUUCAACACAAAACUUGAAGCCAAGUUUUCUUUUUUCACCCAAUUUUCCGCUCCACUCUCAAUCCUUUCAAACUUCACUCCAAACACCCCUUUCUCUCUCUCUCUCUCUUUCUCUUGUGUUCUUCCCCAAACAAACACAACAACACCCUUCUGACCUGUCUCUUUCUCUGCGUUUUCAGUACGCUUAGAUCCUGCUCUAUUGUUUUCUGAACCCCUCCACCCUGCUUCUAUGGCCAUCCCUUGAUCAUGGGGUCCAUCAAGAUUUAUUCCAGAAUGCACUCAAAUUCACUCACUUCUCUUUCAUAAUCAUAGUAAACUCUUUGCAACCUAGGGAUUUUAGAUUUUAGAUUUUAGUUUUUAGAUUUUAGAUUUUCCAUUGCCACCACCUCACUCUCACAGAAUGCAAUCGGGUGGGCCUGAAUCCGCUAGCCCCGUGACCCACAGGGUUCAGUCUCUAUCUUCGGCAGAUACCAGAGGGAAACAUAGGAUACAUGCUGAACUCAAGCGCUUGGAGCAGGAAGCAAGAUUUUUAGAGGAAGAGCUGGAAAAACUUGAAAGGAUGGAGAAAGCGUCUACAGCGUGCAAAGGACUGCUCAGCAACGUGGAAACAAAGCCUGAUCCAUUACUACCAUCAACAAUUGGACCCAUAAGUCCUACAUGGGAUCGAUGGUUUGAAGGCCCCCAAGAUUCUAAAAGCUGCUGUAGAUGCUGGAUUCUGUGAUGAACAAUGCUAAUUGCCAACCCUCUCUUCUUCCCUUUUUUAAUCCAAGAUUGGUUUAGAAAUUGUGAGUUUUGAAACAAUAUUGUUAUUGGCAAUUUUUCAUGAUUGUUCCUAUGUGCGGAUGACAAUUAUAGCAAAUACAUAGCUUUUAUGUUUCAGUUGACAGCUUAAUUGCUGAGACGAUAACUACCAAGCCAUGAUGACAGUAUAUAUGUAUAUAAAUUUUUUUUUUUUCAUUGCAAA